AUGGGAAAUCAUAGCAUGUUCAGUGAGUUCAUCCUCCUUGGACUGUCUUCCAACCCCCAGAUACAGGCUCUUCUCUUUGUGUUGUUCCUGGUGAUUUAUCUCCUGACCUUAAUUGGAAACAUGGUGAUGUUGCUAAUGAUCAGGGCUGAUUCCAACCUACACACCCCCAUGUACUUCUUUUUGGGACAACUAUCCUUCCUGGACCUCUGCCACUCCUCUGUCACAGUACCCAAGAUGCUGGAGAAUCUACUCUCUAGAAGUAAAACCAUCUUCGUCGAGGAAUGCCUGGCACAGUCCUUCUUUGUGUUUGCCACAGGGGGCACUGAGGCCUGUCUGUUGGCAGUGAUGGCCUGUGACCGCUAUGUUGCCAUCAGGUCCCCUCUGCUAUAUAGCCAGGUAAUGAGCAACCAGCUAUGUAUCAGGCUGGUCUGGGGUUCCUGGGGCCUGGCCUUUGUUGAUGCUCUCAUCAACAUCCUCCUGGCUGUUAAUUUAGACUUCUGUAAGGAUAAAACUAUCCCCCACUUCAGCUGUGAACUAUCUUCUCUCUUCCCUCUCUCUUGCUCUGAUACUUCCAACAACUUUGCACUCCUACUGUGCUCCUCUGUCCUGCAUUUCUUUGGAACUUUUGUUUUUAUCUUCUUUUCUUACAUCCGUAUUGUCUCCACCAUUAUGAGCAUCAGCUCUACCUCUGGCAGAAGCAAAGCUUUCUCCACUUGUUCUUCUCACCUCACUAUUGUGAUCUUGUUCUACAGUUCAGGUUUCCUUAGCUAUCUCUUACCAAACUCAGGUUCCUCCAUGGAGAUGAUCUUCCCCUUACAAUACAGUGUAGUCACUCCCAUGUUGAAUCCUCUCAUUUACAGUCUCCAAAACAAGGAAGUGAGAGCAGCUAUGAGAAGAAUAUUGAGAAAA